CACUCCUGUGUUUUCAGGUGAGAGGACGCAGCGGACUUAGCGAGGCCUGUAAUUUUCCACCGCCGUAGCGUGGACGUAAAGAAGGGGAAGUGGUUUCCAGACUUCUUCUCCUGAAAUAGUUUCUUUAGACCCGACGCCAAGGCGGAAUAUUGUUUGGCAAGAAAAUAUGUCGAAGAGAAAAAGGCCUUCGCUGAAAUCCUGUUGUGUGCAAGAGGAAGUGGAAGAGAAAUCUGGGGACAAAAAGUUUGGCUUAAGGCAAGCAAGAGCUAAAUCUUUUAAUGCGUACAGUGACCAAAGUGAUGGGAAGAAGAAGAUUAAAGACAAUGGCAUUACAAAGCAAAAUGGAAUCUGGUUUGUGACUUGUGAAAACAAAGAGGGAGUUAUGGACAUAGAGAAGCUGAAAAAAGGUGAGAAUUGCAUAGAGUGUCGGGGCCUGUGGUUUACCCCCCCUGCCUUUGAGGAGUUUGCAGGACGAGGAGCGUGCAAAAAAUGGAAAAACAGCAUAUGCCAUGAAGGAAGACCUCUGACUCACUGGUUUGCGAAAGGUAUUCUGUCCACAACUGGAUAUCAAAGAAGAGGAGCUGAGCCUAUGAAGAAGGUUAAAGUUUCAUCAAGAAAAAUGGAAAACAAGCCAACAAAAAGCGUCCACAAGUUCCAGGGAUCUAAGCGCAGUAAAUAUAAGAGAUCUUCCUCCUCGGUGACCCAGAAAAGCAUCCCUCCAGGAGAGUUUACCCCCUCAGCAGAGGCAGAAGUACGGCCUGUUCAGAGUCCUGAGGGAGGUCGUAGUAAAGAUGGCCACCACCAGUCAGACAGCGACGAGUUUCUGAAGAGAGGCCAAAGAAAUGGGGAUGAUCCGGAUGAGAGAAACGACAACCACAGUAUAAACUCAGGAGACGCUGAGGAUGAAAAUAAAACGGACAACGGGGAUGUGCCUGCUGAUGCUGAUUACCCUGACGACCGCGGCGACGCCAGAGAAAGUCCUGAGGACUCGGAUGCUGCCAAAGCUCAGCAGCAGGAGAUGAAGAGGAAAAACAAAGCGAUCAUCAGAAGGCUUUCAGAGAGGUCGAGAGCCUGUAAGGCGAAACGGCGUCCAAAAGGUAGCUGGUGUGAGCCUUUGGAGGACAACGCUCGCGUUGAGGAGACUGAAGGCGACGCGGCCGUCGCUGAAGGAAAAAACUUGAUCAACGAGAACCUCGGUGCCUCUGCAGAGCUCGUCGUUAGUAGCAACGGUGACAGGAUCGAUGAGGAGAAAGAUGCAGUGUUGGAGAUGAGGUCACCUCAACAUGCAGAGAUGACCUCAAGUCCACUUGUCAAGAACCAAACAAGUGACCCGAUGUGUCUUUCUGUUGCACCUGCAAACCUGCUGCUUCCGUUUGUUAAUAAAGAGAUUAAUGAGAAGGACGCAGAUGAAGCCAAACCGGAUCAUGACGAAGCAGAAUUGGAAAGGUCAGAGACAUGCAUCAGAGUCUCAGACUGUCGGAACGUCUCGGAGAAGAUGGAGGACGGAGCUUCAGACGGCUCCGACGUGGAUGCAAUGGAUGUCGAUCAGCUGAAGAAGGAAAAACUAAAGAUGCAGCUUAAAGUUUUAAAAUUGCAAGAGGAAUAUUACACACUGAAGCUAAAUAACUUAAAAUAAUGACGAGAAAGAUUUUAGUGUCAACACUGUAAAUGACUAGUUAGCUUUCUUUCUGGUUUUUUUACAUUUUACUAGAAAUUAGAUUUAGCGAGGAUUGUGGUAAUUGGCACACAGACCAAAAAUUUUAUCAAUUCAGAUUUUAGAUUCAAAAUGUGCCAAUUUUAUCAUUUUUACAACUUUUCUUUUUAAACAUGUUCCACAUUGUACAUCACUAAUUUCCUUGUCAGAAAAUGUCAUAAUCGCCAAGGAGACGAGACAGAAAGUAGCAAUGACACAGUUUGAAAUUUACAGAAAAGUGGAGGAAGUGAGAAGAACUGAGCAGCUUAGAAACAUAUCUAACCGGCACCCCACAGUGAAAUUUAAAACCCCUCUGUGGUUUAAUUUAAAACCCCAUCUACCUGUAAUUCACCCUGCCGGUGAGCAACUCUUUGUUAUAAAAUCUGUAAUUUAAAACACUAAUAUUUUAUCUGCAUGCAUUCAAGUUAGAUGUAAUUUCUGCUCCGGUUCUGACCGGCAUUAUUACUUUGACGACCAAAAACGUUGGUCUCUCUUUUCUUCAAACAGCUCUGCAGCGGUUGUUUAAACCUCACUUUUCUUCAUAUAAUCAGUUUGUGUUUUACUUAUGAUGGUUUAAAUAUUUAUAGUUUUAUUGUUAUUAAAAUCAUUUACGCUGUUUCACAGCGUAAACUCUGUUCACCUCGACGUCUUUACAUAGCUCACAUUCGAACACAAGAAAAUAUUGAGUGAUUUUCAUUUACAGAUUGAAAAGUAUUUCUUUUUCUAAUACCCAGAAGGUCACCUCUGAAGGUCAACUUCCAAGGUCAAGGUGUUAUUAUUAUUACUUAUAAGUGCAAAACUAGCAACCAAUUCUGGAAAUCUGAAAUUUCUAAUCAGUUUAUCUUACAGUUUUGAAAGAGGUGUUUUCAAAUACCAUAGUUACAAACCUGUGAGUAACCCUGAGAAGAAAAUAAAUAUUUACUGUUGCAUUUCAUGCAUUCAGCUGUUUACAGUUAUUUUGACUACAUUUUGCAUUUGCUUUCCCUAAGAAUGUCUCUGUUUCUUAGUGUACAUGUCAGACGCUGCUGUAUUAAGGUCUGUCUCAAGUUUUCUACUCUGUUUUCUUUUUG